AUGACAUCUAUCGAGCGGAAAUUAACAAUAAGACACGAGUUUUCUGAUUUUGUGAAGUCGACGAGCGAUGGGAACGAAAUAAAGGGAAAAACAGAGAAACAUUUUGGUUGUUUCUGGAAUAUCUCUGCUCUUGGCCGUCACAAUAGUUUAAAGAAUAGAAUUGAUGGAUAUUUCAUUAGUUUGUAUUGCGAAAAGCCUCGUGUUUCUCGAGAAUGGUCAGUCGACACAAAAUUCGAAUUGCUGAUCGAAUCGAACCAAGGAAUGGAAUUGAUCGAAUGCAGAUCGGAUCGUUUCAAUUGUACUCACUCUGAAUUCGUGUUUGUAGUCGAAUUUCAAGAUUUGAAAAAGUAUUUGAUCGAUGGAAAAUUAGGAGUGGAAUUUCACGUUUCGAUCAAUAAAAUGAUUGGAAUGCAACUGUUCGAUGAAUCAAUGAAAAAGUAUUCGGAUGUUGUGUUGAUUGUGGAAGAUGAGAAGUUUUAUGUAUUGAAGCUGUUCCUUGCCUCCCAAUCCUCGUACUUCGAAUCGCUUUUACUCGGAGAUUUCAAGGAAUCGGCCCAGUCCGAAGUGACUCUUUCUGGAAUAAGUGCCGCCGAUUUUCAGAAUUACCUCGAAGCACUGCAUGGUCACUCGGUUAUUGAUGAUAAGACUGUCACGGGGAUACUAAAAUUGGCGAAUAUGUACGACACUCCGUCAAUUCUUCAAAAAUGUCAAAUAUUUCUCAUCGAACACUCGAAGAAAAGUAUGAAAGAAAAGCUCCGUAUCGCUGGAGAAUAUCAAUUAUCAGAGCUCAAGUAUGACUGCUUCCACAAAAUCAAUACCGUCGAUGAUAUUCGUGCCGCCGUUCCAUCGUAUUCUGCGGGAGUUGAUCAUGAUAUUUUGGCGCAUCUUUUUGAUAAGCUGUUGAAGCUUCAGCCUACAACGACAGCUUCGACCUGA